GUGUGUGUGUGUGUGUGUGUGUGUGUGUGUGAAAGUGGACCACCAUCUGCGGGCGUGGAAGUGGGACAAGGGGUUGCAGAUGGCAGCAGAGCUUCAGAGCUGCUUGCUGGGACUCACUCAGAGAUGAAUUAGUGCGUCAUCGCGGAGGGAUAUUUGUGUGUUCCAUAUGAAUCAACGAUGGUGGACAACCGCUACAACACUGCUCUGGUGAUCGCCUGCGUGCUCAGCGUCCUCGCCACCGUCUACCUCUCGGUGGCCGUGGGCACGCAGCACUGGUACGCCUACAGCAGCCCGACGGUGCGCGGGGAGGCCAACGUGAGCGAGCUACGUUCUCUCUACGACGAGUUCGCCAUGGACGGAGAGCUGGACGAGAAGACGUGCAGCGACGCCUUGUUUAGGCUCAACGGCACCGUGGGCCUAUGGUGGCGCUGCGUGCUCGUCCCCGACACCCCUCAUUGGUACAAGGAUGCAGGUGCCAAGAUGAUGCUGGAGUGCAGGAGCUUUACUGUGCAGCAACAACUCACCCCAAAAUAUAAAGAACCAGGGAACCACAACAGCGGAGAGGACUUGCUGCGAACAUACCUGUGGAGAUUCCAGUUCCUUCUCCCACUCGUGUCUCUGGGAUUAGAAGUCUUGGCAGGCCUGAUCGGCUUCUUCGCCUGCCUGUGUCAAAGUCUCGCCCCAACACUUGCCAUCGGUGUACUUCAUCUGCUGACAGGUCUUUGCUCCUUAGCCACAGUGUGUUGCUACCUAGCGGGGAUGGACCUCCUUCACAGGGUCUCAGUUCUUCCCGACAAGGUGGACGGAUCACUGGGUUGGUCCCUGUACUUGGCACUCAUGUCCUCACCGCUCCACAUGAUGGCAGCCGCGCUGCUGGUGUGGGCAGCACGCAGCCACAGUCGCAACUACUACCGCAUGAGCGCCUACCGCGUGGCCUAAAGCCCCACCCCCGCAAAGCGCACUUGAUUGUUUUACUUGACUUCAAAGAUUAUGAUGCUAUAGCAGGGAUGUGGGUUAAUCCAUGACCUCUGACAGAUUACCAUGCAUCUCUUCAGGGAUAAUGGAACGCUAACCACUGGACAAUACAUUAGGGACAUUAAAAUAAAAAUAGUUGGAAUUUAGAUGUAAAUACAGCAGCAUUCAUUUGGUUAAGGGGCUUCACGGUGGAAGAGGGGUUAGUGCGUCUGCCUCACAAUACGAAGUUCCUGCAGUCCUGGGUUCAAAUCCAGGCUCGGGAUCUUUCUGUGUGGAGUUUGCAUGUUCUCCCCGUGAAUGCGUGGGUUCCCUCCGGGUACUCCGGCUUCCUCCCACUUCCAAAGACAUGCACCUGGGGAUAGGUUGAUUGGCAACACUAAAUUGGCCCUAGUGUGUGAAUGUUGUCUGUUUAUCUGUGUUGGCCCUGCGAUGAGGGGGCGACUUGUCCAGGGUGUACCCUGCCUUCCGCCCGAUUGUAGCUGAGAUAGGCGCCAGCGCCCCCUGCGAGCCCGAAAGGGAAUAAGCGGUAGAAAAUGAAUGGAUGGAUCAUUUGGUUAAACAGUAAACUGUCGCAUCCUGUAGUUCCACAUAAAUCCUCUAGGUGAUAGUGAGUCAAAAACAUUUUUUAACUCGCAUUAUAGGGACACACUGGAAAAAGUAGAUGCUAAUUAUAAAAUUGUUUGAUAACCAGACACAUUUUUUUUUUUACUAGAAUUGUAGUUAGUCAUAUUUUUACAACAAAAAAAUCUGAGUUUUAUGGAAAUAAAACUUUCAAGAAAUAGUUCGUAUUAAUCGCCAAAAAUAUUUCCAGAAAAAAAAUCACAAGAAAAAGCAGUAGAAAAAGGAUUAGAAAGGACAGAUUGUAAACAUUUAUUUAAAAACCUUUUUUUUUUUUAACCUGGGACUUCCCGCGGGCCGGAUUUUGGACGCUGGCGGGCUCUAUCCGGCCAUAGUUCGGGGACCCAUGCUCUAGAGUAUAGGAGAGAGAAAGAAGUCUUACAUGUAUGAAAAAAAUACUAAAGAAUCCUUAAGUCAUAAUUUUUUAUGAAAAAAGUGGUGAUAAAGUCGUUUUUUAAAGUUAUAAUACUGGAAAAAAUAAGUACAAUUACAAGAAUAAAUCUUAUUUUCUGAGAAAAAAGUAACCUAAGAAUAAAAUCCUAUUUUCAAUUAAAAUGAGUGGUAGUACUAUCAGAAUAUAUACGUUAUAUAACAAAAAAUAUAUAUUUUGGGGGAGAAAAGUUGUAUGUAAAAAGUUGUUGUAUUACAAUGAACAAAGUUUUAUUUUUUAAAGUUUUUAUUUGAACUUUUAUUGAGGAAAAUAAUGUGAGAAAAAAGAUGCAAAGUAGUAAAAAAAUUAGUUGGACUACAAGAUAAAAAAUCUCAGAAUUGAUUGAUUGAUACUUUUAUUAGUAGUUUGCACAGUACAGUACAUAUUCCAUACAAUUGACCACUAAAUGGUAACACCCGAAUAAGUCUUUCAACUUGUUUAAGUCGGGGUCCACGUUAAUCAAUUCAUGGUAUAGAAUGAAUGAAUUCAGAUUUUUAGGAGAAUAACAACCUGAUAAAAAAGACUUCUGUAGUAUUUCAUUUUUAAAAGUACCAUGUUAAUUUAAAAAAAUGUGGAUUUUAUCUUCAUAACAUUGUGCAUACUUAUUCUGAUAUUUGAAUUUUGUUUCUCUAGCAUCUUGUAAAAACAACUUAAUUCUCUUUAGACUGCAAUGUUUUUUUUUAAAUCAUUUGUCGUAAUAUUUAUUUUGGUAGGAUUGUGUAACAUUGCCAAUUUCCACGAAACAAUCUGGCCGUACUGUUGUACAUUUUUUACUGAUUUGAUAUUUUACUUAAAUGAAAAAUGUUUUAUCUUGUAAAAAUACGAUUACAUUGUGUUCAGCUAACAAUUUUUUAUGGAGGGCAUUUUUCAACUUUAUUCUCAUUACGUUACGACAUGUAUCUUCAUUAUUGUACAAUUUGUUUUUGUCCUUUCAGGGUGGCCCUAAUAUUGCUAAAUAUUGAGUUACUGUAUAUAUGUUGUCUUGUAAACUAAGUUAGUGUGUAUUUUCGUUUUAGCCAGUCUAUUUGUUUUGUCUUUUUUUACAAUUUGGAAGUUUUUCUAUUUACAGUAUUUUACAUGGUUGUGCUUUGUGUUCUCCACAUUUAUAUAUUUACAGAUUUUUUCUUUUUUUUUGCAAUACGGGAAUUUGUAGAAACAUUACAAGAAAAUAAUGCAACUGUAUUUUAAUGUUGAGCACAAUGAAUGUAAAUGAAAGGCCAUAAUAUUGCAUUAAAGAUAUAGCUUGUAAUGCUUGCACUUAAAUUAUUUCUAAAUAUAUUCUUAAGAAUUUAGUAGGAAAUGACUAUAUUUCAUGGAAUAUUCUUGUCAUGUCACAUGGACAAUUGCCAUGGGUGUCACUCUACGUGGCGCCGCAAGGAUGAUUAAAAAAAUAAAGUCUGCUGAAAUAUUAA